ACGACAAGUCGCUGUCUUUGGAACGAGGUUCGUAAUCAACAAGAACACACACGGAGAUUUGACCUUAAAGCUCUUGAUCAUGUCAUCAUCAAGGCAGCCGGACCUACCACCAGUGACACGUCUUUCCGAUUUAAGAAGCUCGCGGAUGGUGGUUUCAACGAAGUCUUCCUCGCUGUUGUUGAUGAAAGACGAUUGAUAGUCAAGAUCCCUGACCCGGCCAUCCCCCCACGUUUGGUCAGGCCAAGUGAAGUUGCGACACUUGAGUUCUUACUGUUCGAGCAGGAAUUGCGGGUGCUCAAGGUGCUCUCAUGGAGCGACAACAGUGACAAUUCUGUCGGUUGCGAAUGCAUCAUCAUGGAAGAAGCCCAGCGCCGAGCUUUGAGCACCGUACGGGAGCGCCUUGGAAUCGACGAUAAAUUCUCUGUUGUGAACGAAGUGCUAUCAAUGCAGAAGCGAUUUGUUGCC